AUGGUUCGUACAUCUGGGCCGCAUCCUCAUUCUCUCCGCAUUGUCCCACAGAAAGCCCACGCUUCGCACGCCCAGCUCGAGACAUCAGCGCCAUCAGCACCUGGUGUUCACGACACACUCCGCUCGCGCCUCGGCCAAACCACCACAGUAUCGGCUGGCCCUUCAUCAAGCAAGCCUGUCGCUCUCCAAUCAGCCCACCCGCUUGAGGCCCGCCUAGUUCAGUGGCGUGAAACUCAAGACCGCGUGAAGAUGGAGAUGCUCAGGCGACAGUUCGGCAUCGCUGAGCCCGUUCGACGGGGCAUGGAGCUCAAGAUCACCGAGGCGGGUGAGUGGCGACCGGCUGCACUCGGUCGCUCAAGCAAUGUGCACAAGGACAUUCUUGAGGGCAGGGAUACUGAGAUUGGCUGGGAGGACGUGUUCACUGACAGAAGGGCAUUUGUCUACUGUAUGUGGCGGUUGGCUAAUAUUUUUCUUGUAGGCAACGAGCUCCGCGAAGCACCAGACUUCCACAGCGAGAUGGAGGCGAAGCUGAGGAUGAACUGGUAG